GUGAGUCAGUAAGAGGAGUUUAGGGUUUACCUGUCACCUGUGUGUGUGCCGUGCGUUCCUCUAUCACAAUGGCGUACAGUGAGAGCGGGGGCGCUAGGAUUUUACUAUGUUUAGGGCUUUUGGUGGUCGCUAGUUCAUUUUGCAGAUGUACAGCCCUGUCGAGGCUUAAGGCACUGGGUAAAUUAAAAGAAAACUCGGCGCUGAGCCAAGGGCAAGUUGAAGGAAGCGGUCUACGCAGCGGGAGACUCCUAAUUGGGCCAAACUCUGUGCAGGAUGUUAAACGAAAAGGAACCAGGACCACUAAGAAACGUCUGAGAUUUGAUACUGAUUACCAGGCAGACAUGGUUUGGGCAGAAGCAAGACAAGCUCAAGGACAAGGUGAAGGCCUUUCAAUGCCAAAACGGGACAAUUCAGCAGUGGAGCUACUCCUUGGACUGGAACCUAAGGUGGAAUGCACAGGAGACUCCAUGAAGCUUAAAGUCCAUGAUUCUGCUUCUACACCUGGGUCUCUGUUCUAUGUGGACAGGGGAAGUCAAUAUUCUCCUCUACCUCUGUCCAAGUUGCCACCAAGCUGUGGAUACACAAUGACAUCAACAAGGAGAGAUUUUGUCUUGGUUGCACCCUAUGACGGCUGCUUUGUGUCUCUUCAGGAGGACAAUUAUGUUCUUCCCCUGCGUUGGCUAGGGUUACCAGUGAGAAUGUCAUGCCCUCUUAUGAGACCGUCUUCACCUAGCCCGCCAAUGGUCACCUGCCACUGUGAGGGCAUGGUUGUAAGAACAGAAUGGAUACUCUCUGUGGAUAAAAUCAAAGUAAACUUGAAUGGUAACUGGGAACCACUGAUGGAUGCCUCAUCUAAAUGUGGGUUCAGUGUAGUUGUACAUCCUGAGGGUGUAGUCAUCUCUGUUCACUAUGCACCCUGCCUGGAGAAAAAGGAUGGCAUGUACACACUAGAGCUGACUGGAGAUGGAGAAAUUAAGAUUUCCUGCCCUGUCCUGUUUGAAACGCAACCUAAACCCACAGGAAAGGAUCCAGAAAAGCAACCUGAAAUGCCAGGCAAAGGGGUGCAUCAUACCAUCCCACCCCGAACUCCAUGUCCUCAGUCUGCAGUUCCUGAAGUCCCAAGUAUUCCUCAGAACCCAGAGGUACCAUACCAGAAACCAAAGUGGCCAAAGGAAACUGGGCAACCUCAGUUGCCCUUCUAUCCUCAGUCUCCAUAUUUCUUCUACCCUUAUCCAGACACUAAACCUUUACCUACUGCACAGCCAUCCACCUCUCCUAUACCCAAGAAAACUGAUGGACUGCAAAUUAAACAAACUCUUCCUCCCUUCAUCCCGACCCAAGCUCCACAUCCUCAGUCUGUAGUUCCUGAGGUCCCAAGUAUCCCUCAGAACCCAGAGGUACCAUACCAGAAACCAAUGUGGCCAAAGGAAACUGGGCAACCUCAGUUGCCCUUCUAUCCUCAGUCUCCCUAUUUCUUUUACCCUUAUCCAGACACUAAACCUUUACCUACUGCACAGCCAUCCACCUCUCCUAUACCCAAGAAAACUGAUGGACUGCAAAUUAAACAAACUCUUCCUCCCUUCAUCCCGACCCAAGCUCCACAUCCUCAGUCUGUAGUUCCUGAGGUCCCAAGUAUCCCUCAGAAGCCAGAGGUACCAUACCAGAAACCAAUGUGGCCAAAGGAAACUGGGCAACCUCAGUUGCCCUUCUAUCCUCAGUCUCCCUAUUUCUUCUACCCUUAUCCAGACACUAAACCUUUACCUACUGCACAGCCAUCUACCUCUCCUAUACCCAAGAAAACUGAUGGACUGCAAAUUAAACAAACUCUUCCUCCCUUCGUCCCGACCCAAGCUCCACAUCCUCAGUCUGUAGUUCCUGAGGUCCCAAGUAUCCCUCAGAAGCCAGAGGUACCAUACCAGAAACCAAUGUGGCCAAAGGAAACUGGGCAACCUCAGUUGCCCUUCUAUCCUCAGUCUCCCUAUUUCUUCUACCCUUAUCCAGACACUAAACCUUUACCUACUGCACAGCCAUCCACCUCUCCUAUACCCAAGAAAACUGAUGGACUGCAAAUUAAACAAACUGUCCCUCCAUUUAAUCUGCCAGUCGCUCCUCAGGGACAAGUUCCUAUGCCAUUUUUUCCUUAUACCUGGCCACCCCAACCUGAAAAAGUGCCUGAACACCCAGCACAGACUCCAGCCACACAACCACCUAAUGGUAAAGUGGAAAACCCUUUUAACCCUUAUCCAUACUAUGUUAAGCCACCUAAUCCUAAUCACUUUCCUGCACAGAAGCCUGAACUGAUCCCAAUGUCUCCUCCAGCUAUCCAAAUUUCUAAUGGCCAAAGACCCCCAAACCAUGAAACUCCACCACCACAAGGUAAAUAUGUCCCAAAUCCAUUUAACCCCCCACCCGAAGGACCUCCUUCAAGUGGGCCUGUGCCACAGAAACCACCAGUUUCUCAGGAACCAACUGGACAAGUUUAUCAGCCAUUCAACCAAUUACCUUUUUGGCCACCUGUUUGGCCUCAGGGCCCUUUCCAGACUCGCAUGCCUCCUAUACAGGAAAAUCAACCAGCUCAGAAGCCAAUGGAUAAACCUUCAUAUCCACAAGCACCAAAAACUCCCACUGAAAAGCCAGCUCCAAGUGAACAACCUCCUCAUGUCAAACCUCAAAAUGGCCAGUUUUAUCCUCCUAACAUUUACUACCCACUGCAGCCUCAACUACCUCAGCCUCUAACACCUGCUCCAUCCGCUCAGCCACCAAAACAGAUCACCACUGCUCAACCAAAAAAUGAUGACACAGCCUCACAAAGCCCACAAUCAGGCUAUCCAUAUAUGCUCUGCCCUCAAGUUUGUCCAUCAGAGUUUUCUAACUGUUGUCCACAAAUUGCUUUCCAUCAACACCUGCAUCAUUUUGUUCCUUCUGGAUUUGGCAAUUAUUUGACUGCUCCUCCCCCUCAAGAGCCAAGUGAGGCAGCAACAACCACACAAUCUUCCACUUCACCUCACCCCCUUACUAAGAAUGAAAAGCACCCAUAUCUCUUGCCACUAGAUGGCAUUCAUGCUGCACCAGGAGGUGUUCCCAGGGAGACUUUAAAUACUAAACCAAGUUACCCCUAUUUUAUACCGAAUAAACACUAUUCAUAUGAACCACAAAAGGAGAUGCUUGAAAACUCACCACGAACCCAAACAGCAGAUCAGUACAAUACUCCUGAUGGUCCAGGAAAUCCAGUGGUGCCAUAUUACAUCCAGCCAACAGGACAGCAAAUGAGCCAACUGUUACCUGUGGACAUGAAUCCUCCCUCUUGGCAUGAUUUCAUGUCUAUUAUUGCCCAGUAUCAACAGCAGCAUUUCGCAAAUGAGCAAAGUGAACCCUCCGCUAAGAAACUGCACCAAUCUGAUGGGGGAUCAAUUGAGCAGACUCGUACUAAAGUUCUCAGUGUAGUUGAUCGCCCUCUUGUCCCUUACUCCAUGCUGCAAGAUGAUCAAGCACCCACUAAUUCCUCUCACUCUUCUGAAAGUGGAUCAAAGAAACCCAGUCAUAAAAGGACCAUCCAACCCAAACUUGAGUCACAGGGUUAUAUACUUUUACAGCGUGGCCCGCCAGGUAGAGAGCCCGACCGUCUGGAUAGUGACUUUCAUCAUCCCAAUUUAAACCCCCCUCAGGAAAAUCUGCAACGCCCAGGAUGGCUUAAAAAAAAUUCCAAUCCUCUACCUGUGGAAUACAGGCCACGGCCUGUUGAUGAAUCAGCUAUAGAUAGUUCCUAUUUGGUGCCUCUGUCCUCAGACCGGUCUUUGAGUGCAGCACAUUUCAAGUCUGAAUUCAUUAAAUCCUUGAAAGACAUGUGGAAGCCCCCUACUCAAGGCUCCAACCAAAAGAAGCUUAUGGUCCAACAAAGGCAUUUCAGUGAUGGAGCCCAGCAGGACUAAAGUAAUCUGCCCAAAGUGGAGUUUGAAAUUGGAAGCUGUAGAGGUAGAUAAGCGAAUAAAAAAAUGUAAAUGGU